GAUUAGUCCAGCAGAUACAUUUGAAUCGUUUGGUUGCCAGUGAAAGUGUGCAUUGAAAUGUCGGUUACGCAAGUCUUGAUAUUUACAAUCGCGACCUUUAUCGGUUAUUUUAUCCAUUGGUUACGCAAACGCCUCAGCUACUGGCAGAUGCGGGGCAUUCCAUGUGAUAAGCCCAAUUACUUGGUUGGCAAUUUGGUGGGAAUGCGCACGACGCGUUCCUUCGCCGAUAUCGCGCUGCACACAUAUCGCAAAUUCAGAGGUACCGGCCCAUUUUGCGGUUUCUUUUGGUUUCAGCGUCCGACGGCUUUCAUACUCGAUACUAGUUUGGUUAAAGCAAUACUCAUCAAGGACUUUAAUAAAUUCACCGAUCGUGGUUUCUACACAAAUCCAGAGGAUGAUCCUCUCUCAGGCCAUCUCUUUGCUUUGGACGGCCAUAAAUGGCGUGCAAUGCGUACUAAGCUCUCGCCAACCUUCACCUCCGGCAAAAUGAAGCAAAUGGUUUCGACUGUGACACACGUUGCUGCCGAGUUGGGGCUGGUAUUUGAAGCGGCACUGCAAGAGGGACCAACGAUUGAGAUACGUGACUUGUUGGCGCGCUAUACAACUGAUGUGAUUGGCUCCUGCGCGUUCGGUAUAGAUUGCAAUAGUUUGAAGAAUCCCGGCGAUCCCUUCCGCCAGAUGGGCCGCCGUGUGUUUGUAGAUCAGCGCCAUAAUCUGUUAGGCUUUGCAUUCAUAAUACUAUUUCCGAAAUUGUGUCGGCGUCUGCACAUCAAACUAACGCCAGAUCAUAUUACCGAGUUCUAUAUGCGCAUUGUGCGUGAGAACAUCGCUUACCGGGAAUCGAAUAAUAUCAAACGCCAUGACUUCUUCGAUAUGCUUUUGGAGCUGAAAAAUAACAAAAAAAUGAAAUCCGAGGAUGGACAAGCGUUGACAAAUAUAACUGUAGAGGAGUUAGCUGCGCAGGCAUUUGUGUUUUUGGUUGCAGGUUUCGAGACCUCAUCGACAACAAUGGGCUUUGCUUUGUAUGAGCUGGCACAGCGUGUGGAUGUGCAAGAGCGAGCGCGUCGGGAGGUAUGCGAAGUGCUGGCGCGCCAUAAUGGCGAGUUCACUUACGAGUGUAUGAAUGAGUUGAUUUAUCUGAAUCAAGUGAUAUCAGAAACUCUGCGUAAGCACACCAUCGUGCCGAUGCUAACGCGUGAAUGCUUGGAGGACUACCCGGUGCCAGAUCAUCCAGGUUAUGAGAUUAAGAAAGGCAUGUUUGUGGUGAUACCAGCAGUGGGCAUACAUUAUGAUGAGAAUUACUAUCCCAACCCCGAGGAGUUCAAUCCGGAUAAUUUUACACCCGAAAAGGUCGCCGCACGCGACUCCGUUGAGUGGUUGCCCUUUGGCGAUGGUCCCCGCAACUGUAUUGGCCUGCGUUUUGGUCUCAUGCAGACACGCGUCGGUUUAGCUCACUUGUUGAAGAAUUUUAAAUUCAGCGUUAGUAAGAAGACGCAGAUUCCCAUACAAUACAGCAAAACAACUUUUGUGUCGAUGGCUGAGGGAGACAUCUAUCUGCGUGUUGAGAAGGUUUUAGUUUGAUCGGUGGACGCUGAGCUGCAAGUGAUUAGAGAUUUAAGUGAAUAGUACGGUUCUAGAAUUGGCUUGUUGUUCUUUAAGAAAACCAAACCGAUUUGCGAUUUUAUAAUAAUCUAGCUUUAAUUAAUGUGAAAUAAAAAAAUAUUAUUAUUA